UCCCUCUUUCCUCCUUUCCAGCAGAAACCUUUGUAUAGUGCAGCUGGUGGUGAGGGGGGGAGGACAGUCUAUCUCUACCAGGAUACAGCCUCUUUCCACCAGACAACACUUCUUCUGUGCUCAUCACUUAAAAUAUAUUUUUGGGGGGUUACGAAAUCCGACUACUUUUUUUUGUUUAUAUAUUCUUCAGCAAACUAAUAGAUGUGAAAAUGUGUACAUGGGGGAACGCGCAGUCCUGCUCUAUUUGCGUUGAAGUUACAUCAAUUUUGUUUACUGUAAACUAGCUAAACUUUUUUUUUUUACGAAUACGUAUUAACUGAAUUACGGAUUCUGCCAUGGAUAUACCUUGGAGUACUGUCUACUUUUUAUUCCUGCUUCACAGCAGUAACAUCUCUUCCUGCAAAACCAGCCAAGAUGUUGAUGAAUGUGUGGACGGAACAGACAGUUGCCAUAUAGAUGCCAUCUGCCAGAAUACACCACGAUCUUACAAAUGUAUCUGCAAAUCUGGAUAUACAGGAGAUGGCAGGCAUUGCAAAGAUGUAGAUGAAUGUGAGCGGGACGAUAAUGCAGGAUGUGUACAUGAUUGUGUGAAUAUACCUGGCAACUAUCGAUGCAUGUGCUUUGAUGGAUUCCGACUAGCACAUGAUGGGCACAACUGUCUAGAUCUGGAUGAGUGCCUUGAUGGCAACGGGGGAUGCCAACAGACCUGUGUAAACAUGAUGGGGAGCUAUGAGUGUCGUUGCCGUGAAGGGUUUUUCCUCAGUGACAAUCAACACACCUGCAUCCAGCGUCCUGAAGAAGGUAUGAAAUGUAUGGACAAGAAUCAUGGUUGUGCGCAUAUUUGUCGAGAGACUGCUAAAGGAGUAUCCUGUGAAUGCAGACCAGGAUUUGAACUAACCAGAAAUCAGAGAGAUUGCAAAUUGACUUGUAACUAUGGAAAUGGUGGCUGUCAGCACACAUGUGAUGACACGGAUCAAGGUCCUCAAUGCGGCUGUCAUAUCAAGUUUGCCCUGCACUCUGAUGGCAAGACAUGCAUAGGGGAGAAACGCUACGAUCAAAUCCCUAGUGCUCCUAUCUUAGCCAAUGAGAGCUGCUCAGUGAACAAUGGUGGCUGUGACAGUCGAUGCCACGAUACACUAACAGGUGUGCAUUGCAGCUGUCCUAUGGGUUUCAUGCUACAGCCGGACAGAAAGACGUGUAAAGAUAUUGAUGAAUGUCGUCUGAAUAAUGGUGGCUGUGAUCACAUUUGUCGAAAUUCAGUUGGAAGUUUUGAAUGUGGCUGUAAAAAGGGGUAUAAACUCCUGAUUAAUGAAAGAGGUUGUCAGGACAUUGAUGAAUGCUCCUUUGAUAGGACAUGUGACCACACGUGUGUCAACUCUCCUGGAAGCUUCCAGUGUCUAUGUCACAAAGGCUAUGCUCUGUAUGGGCUUACACAUUGUGGAGAUGUGGAUGAGUGCAGCAUCAACAAAGGAGGGUGCAAAUUCAGCUGUACUAACACUCCUGGAAGCUUUGAAUGCACCUGCCCCCCAGGCUUCAAACUUCACUGGAAUCGCAAAGACUGUACUGAGCUGGUGAAAUGUUCAGUGGGUGCCAAUCCAUCUCGUACCUCUUUGUCCUGCAGUCGAAAUGGAAAAAAGGAGACCUGUUCCCUAAACUGUACCUCCAAAUCUUUGUUCUUACCAGAGUCUGACAGCAAUUUCAUGUACAGCUGUGGAGUUCCAUCUCUUAAAUCAUCAAAGCAGAUCAACAACAGCAGCCAGCACUGCGCUGAAUCUGCACCAUUAAAACAAAUCAUAUCCUUCAAGCUUAAAGACUCCAGAUGUGGUUUCAGAGUGUGUGGAAAACACAAAGGAGAAGAUAAUGCAAAAAAUGGAGGUGGGACAUCUUCUUGUUCAGACUGCCAAUUGACACAUGUAAACCUGAAAUGCAAUUCUUCUUGGAAGCUCAGAGAUCAUCGUUCACGUUCUGCACUCAAUAAAGAAGUUGCCAAAAUUACCGUAGAACUUGAAGCUGAAGUUAAACUGGAUGAAGCCACAGGAAGCUGUGGACCACCAUGUCUUCGCCAGAGGCUGGAACGCAAGGUAAAAUCUCUACUAAAAUCUUUGAAGAAGUCCAUUAACCAGGAUCGGUUUGUUAUUCGCUUAGCUGGAGUGGAAUAUGAGGUUGCUCAAAAGGUUACCACAGCAACUGACAGAGUUGAGAGCUGCAUUCCUGGUCAGCAAAGAAUAGGGGGUAAAUGUGUUAGCUGCUUACCUGGUACAUACUAUAAUGGCCAAAUGGACCAAUGUCAAACGUGUCCCCCAGGAACAUAUCAGGAUAAGGUGGCACAGUUACUAUGUAUUCGUUGUCCAGGAGCAGAACCAUCUGGACCGUUGGGAGCCACAAACAUCACAGCAUGCACAGGUCAAUGUCCCCCAGGACAUUUUUCAAAAGAUGGUUAUAAGCCAUGCCAGCUAUGUCCACGUGGCAUGUACCAGCCAGAAGGGGGGCGCACACAAUGUCUUGCAUGUGGAGGAGGGCUUAAUACCAAACAUGAAGGGGCUCAAACUUUUCAGGAUUGCGAAACAAAAGUUCAGUGUUCCCCUGGCCAUUAUUACAACAUAACAUUUCAUCGUUGCAUCCGCUGCACAGUUGGCUUUUAUCAGCCAGAAUUCCGUCAAAAUUUCUGCAUAUCAUGUCCAGGAAACUCAAGCACAGAUUCUGAUGGCUCCACCAGUGUUACCCAGUGCAAAAAUCGGCAUUGUGGUGGGGAGUUGGGGGAUUUUACGGGUUUCUUGGAGUCUCCAAAUUAUCCAGGGAACUAUCCAUCCAGUGUGGAGUGCACCUGGAGCAUCAGUCCUCCUGACAAACGGAAAAUUCUGCUGGUAGUUCCUGAAAUUUUUCUGCCUUCAGAGGACGAAUGUGGAGACCUGCUGGUCAUGCGCAAAAAUGCAUCUCCUUCAUCCAUCACCACCUACGAGACUUGUCAGACAUAUGAACGGCCAAUUGCAUUCACAGCACGCUCUCGCAAACUAUGGGUUCACUUUAAGAGUAAUGAGGUCAACAGUGCCCGUGGCUUCCAAGUUCCAUAUGUGACUUACGAUGAGGAUUAUGAGCAGUUAGUUGAGGAUAUCGUGCGAGAUGGACGCUUAUAUUCCUCAGAAAAUCAUCAAGAAAUUCUCAAAGAUAAGAAAUUAAUUAAAGCCUUUUUUGAGGUCCUCGCACAUCCACAAAAUUACUUCAAAUACACAGAGAAACACAAGGAAAUGCUACCUCGCUCUUUUAUCAAACUUUUGCGCUCCAAAGUUUCUGCUUUCUUACAACCCUUCAAGUAACACCGGUCGUGCAACAGGUCUGCAGACAAGGGGGUCACAGAGAACAUCUAUACAUAUGCAUAUCGCUCCAGAGUUGCUUUUAUAACUGUAUGGGCAAAGAUGACCUUUGGAGAAUCAGAAUAUAACUGUAUCUGGAGGUUUGUCAUACUAAGGACCACGGUAAUACUGUGGACAAAUAAAACUUUUAAGUUGCUACACUAGGUUUCUAAAAUGUGAGAAUCCUCAAUGACCUACAGCUAACACUGUAAAACCCAGAUGGCAGUACAAGCGAACUUAGGACAAUAUUGAUUCAUUGGAUUUUCAGAAGUCAUGUUAUAGUUCUUGUAAUUUCUGGAUAACACCAUUGAAAGGCCCUUUAUGACAAACAGAUUUACGGAAUCAUUCUGAAUCUAUACACAUUACUAUGAGCCUAGUUUUUGGAAUGUAUUGAUCAUUUGUGAAUGUUUACAUGCCGUGCUUAUGGGAUUUAGAUUUCCAAUAUUUUCAAUGUUCUCUGAAUCAAUAAUCAUAGAAGUCAUUACUUUUAGAAACUAUUUUAUAAUAUGUAUGUUUACUGCAUAAUUAGAACUGCAAGAAUCUAAAGUGUUCUUUCAAAGGGGAGCGGUGAGGGUGUUUCUUUUUUUUUUUCUGCAGAAACACUAAGCUUAGUGUUUCCUUAUUUCCUGCUGAAAUGUUCCUACAAGGUGUAUUUCCCCUUUAUAUAAAGCAGAAUGUGGAACCUCUCAUAGAUGAAGUUGAACUGUCAAAAAGAAUAAUAAGACGACAAUAACACAGCAUGUGAGAACAACUCACUCUGAUCAUCACAAUUAUUUAAAGAUUUGUUGAACACACAUUUAAAAAAUGUAUAUGAUGAACUUAGAUGUACAUUAGAACCAUAACUAUAUUUUGACUAGGGUAAUUUUAUAAAAUAAUAAUUAGACAAUAAAUGUCUACAGGUUUUGAGCAAAACAUAAAGGCAUUUUUUUUUUGAGACUACAAUAGUAAAACUGAAGUAAGACUGCAACCUUCAAGUGAUUAUCAAAAUAUUGCUGUUGUUGAAAAAUAUUGGUGGGCUACCUUUGUGGCAAAUCACCUCGCUUUAACUGUGUUCAAUGUGUCUAUGACCCCCUAAAUGUUUCAACUGUAUAAAUAAAGAUGUUUGCACUUGAGCAAGAAAAUGUAUUUUCUUUGUAAUAUGUAUUAUAAAAACUGUAUAUUUUAACAAUUACAUUAGGAUAUAUAAUAAUGACUAAUCUCUAUU